AGUAAUGAGACUGAGAAAUACGUUUGUUUUCUGAAGGAACACUAAGAAAAUUUGUAUACUAUUUAGUCAUUUAUAAUACCUAUGAGCCUCAUCGGUUAGUUAGUCUGUGAGCGAGAAAGCUGAAGAAGAAAUCAUAGCUACUCUCUCCCAUCAUCACGUUUCAGAAAACCUCAUCAUCUCAAGUCAAUCUCAAAAUAUGGCUGACAUUGAUUCGCUCCCGGAAUUCCUCGCCUCUGCAAUUGAUGCUGCUCAGAAAGCUGGUGAGAUUAUUCGAAAAGCGUUCUACGAGACCAAACAUGUGGAGCAUAAAGGACAGGUUGAUUUGGUCACGGAAACUGAUAAAGCAUGUGAAGAACUCAUAUUCAAUCAUCUGAAGCAAAUUUACCCUGCCCACAAGUUCAUUGGUGAAGAAACUACCGCAGCUCAAGGUUCCACAGAACUUACAGAUGAACCCACAUGGAUAGUUGAUCCUGUGGAUGGAACUACUAACUUUGUGCAUGGCUUCCCUUUUGUUUGUGUCUCCAUAGGCCUUACAAUUCAAAAAGUUCCCACCGUUGGUGUUGUUUACAAUCCAAUAUUGAAUGAGCUUUUCACUGCCAUUUCCGGGAAAGGUGCUUUUUUGAACGGUAACCCUAUAAAAGUAUCAUCACAAACUGAUCUGAUAAGCUCUCUUCUUGUGACUGAGUGUGGCACAAAUCGUGACAAGUCAAUAGUUGAUGCCUAUACAAAGAGGGUCAAAAGCUUGCUUUUAAAGGUGAGAUCCCUCCGAGCAUGUGGUUCCUUGGCUUUGAACCUUUGUGGAGUCGCAUGUGGAAGGCUUGAUAUAUGCUUUCAGCUUAGCUUUGGUGGUGCUUGGGAUGUAGCGGCUGGUGCUGUCAUUGUUAGAGAAGCUGGAGGUGUUAUGUAUGAUCCUUCUGGUGCAGAAUUUGACCUCACAGCUCGGAGGGUGGCAGCUUCAAACCCUUCCCUGAAGGAUAAACUGGUGGAGGCUCUGCGCCAAGUAGAGUGACAAGAAAAUGAUUAUUCACCUUACAAGCCCUGCCUCUGCCGCUCCUUUUCCCUUUUGAUUCAACGCUUCCAUGCUGGGUGUCUUCAAUUAUUUUUCUUGCUCUUUAAAAUAGUCAAAGGUAAUGGCUUAUUACCUGCCAUGGCAUAUCAUCUUUAAUGUUAAGACGAACUUAAUCUUCUGCCGUUGGAUCUUCAUUUCUUUCGUACUCUGCACUGGGUUUCCUUGUGUGACCAUAAAUAUUUAAGAGGGAUUUGAUAUGAUAGUAUCUUAUUACAUCACACAA